AUGUUGUUGUCAUGGAAGCAUUUGAUCCUUCUUUCAUUCAUUGGCUGCCUAGGAGGUGAGCUGCUCUUACAGGGCCCAGUGUUUGUCAAAGAACCCAGCAACAGCAUUUUUCCCGUUGGCUCAGAGGAUAAAAAAAUAACUUUAAAUUGUGAAGCACGAGGCAGCCCUUCACCUCAUUACAGAUGGCAGCUGAAUGGAAGCGAUAUUGAUUUGAGUAUGGAAUAUCGUUAUAAGCUGAUCAGAGGAAAUCUUGUGGUUAUUAACCCCAACAGAAAUUGGGAUACAGGAAGUUAUCAAUGCUUUGCUACAAACUCAGUUGGGACAAUUGUCAGCAGAGAAGCUAAGCUCCAGUUUGCCUAUCUUGAAAAUUUUAAAACCAAAAUGAGAAGUACAGUGUCAGUGCGUGAAGGCCAGGGAGUCGUCCUGCUCUGCGGCCCCCCGCCACACUCUGGAGAACUGUCAUAUGCUUGGAUCUUCAAUGAAUAUCCAUCAUUUGUCGAAGAAGAUAGUCGGAGAUUUGUCUCUCAAGAGACAGGCCACCUCUACAUAGCCAAAGUGGAACCAUCUGACGUGGGCAAUUAUACGUGUGUGGUGACUAGUAUAGUGACAAAUGCCCGAGUGCUGGGUUCCCCAACUCCUUUGGUGCUUCGUUCUGACGGUGUGAUGGGUGAAUAUGAGCCGAAAAUAGAAGUUCAGUUUCCUGAAACUCUUCCAGCAGCUAAAGGUUCCACUGUGAAAUUGGAAUGUUUUGCCCUUGGAAAUCCUGUACCUCAGAUUAAUUGGAGAAGAAGUGAUGGACUGCCUUUUUCCAGUAAAAUUAAAUUAAGGAAGUUCAGUGGUGUGCUUGAAAUUCCCAACUUCCAACAGGAAGAUUCAGGUUCCUAUGAAUGCAUUGCUGAGAAUUCACGAGGGAAAAAUGUCGCCAGGGGACGUCUCACUUACUAUGCAAAGCCUCAUUGGGUUCAACUCAUAAAAGAUGUAGAAUUAGCAGUGGAGGACAGUCUUUACUGGGAAUGUCGGGCCAGUGGUAAGCCCAAACCCUCCUACCGAUGGUUGAAAAAUGGAGAAGCCCUUGUGCUUGAGGAGAGAAUACAGAUAGAAAAUGGUGCCCUUACAAUAUCAAACCUAAAUGUGACCGAUUCUGGCAUGUUCCAGUGCAUAGCAGAGAACAAACAUGGUCUCGUCUAUUCUAGUGCUGAGCUCAAGGUCAUGGCUUCUGCUCCAGAUUUUUCAAAGACUCCAAUGAAAAAGUUGAUUCAGGUGCAGGUGGGCAGUGAGGUCAACUUGGAUUGUAAACCCAGAGCUUCCCCCAGGGCACUGUCCUCCUGGAAGAAAGGAGAGGUGAUCGUUCAGGAAAAUGAAAGAACUUCUUUUCUAAAUGAUGGAGGACUCAAAAUUGCCAACGUAACUAAAGCUGAUGCUGGAAUUUAUACCUGCAUAGCAGAAAACCAGUUUGGGAAAGCAAAUGGCACAACACACUUGGUUGUUACAGAACCGACGAGAAUAACUUUGGCACCACCCAACAUGGAUGUCUCCGUGGGGGAAAGCGUUAUUUUGCCCUGCCAAGUGAAGCAUGACCCCCUGUUAGAUAUCAUUUUUACCUGGUAUUUCAAUGGGGUCCUCACAGAUUUUAAGAAAGAUGGAUCUCACUUUGAGAAAGUUGGUGGGAGUUCAUCAGGUGAUUUAAUGAUCAGAAACAUUCAGUUGAAGCACAGUGGAAAAUAUGUUUGUAUGGUGCAGACGGGGGUAGACAGUGUUUCAUCUGCCGCUGACCUCAUAGUAAGAGGUUCACCUGGGCCACCAGAGAACGUGAAGGUAGAUGAAAUUACAGACACAACAGCCCAGCUCUCUUGGGAAGAAGGUACAGACAACCACAGCCCAGUUACAGCCUAUUCUGUCCAGGCAAGGACGGCCUUCUCAGUGGGUUGGCAAACAGCCACAACAGUGCCUGAGGUCAUUGAUGGGAAAACACACACAGCUACGGUAGUCGAGUUAAAUCCAUGGGUGGAGUACGAAUUUCGGGUUGUAGCCAGUAACAAAAUCGGAGGUGGAGAACCCAGUUUACCCUCAGAAAAAGUAAGAACUGAAGAGGCAGUGCCAGAAGUGCCUCCUUCAGAAGUCAGUGGAGGAGGUGGGAGCCGGUCUGAACUGGUGAUCACCUGGGAUCCAGUACCUGAAGAACUACAGAAUGGUGAAGGUUUUGGGUAUGUUGUUGCUUUCCGCCCUCUUGGAGUAACCAACUGGAUCCAGACAGUGGUCACAUCUCCUGAUACCCCAAGAUACGUCUUUAGGAAUGAAAGCAUCCUGCCAUUUUCACUGUAUGAAGUUAAAGUGGGUGUUUAUAAUAACAAAGGUGAGGGACCGUUUAGCCCAGUGACAACAGUUUUCUCUGCAGAAGAAGAGCCUACAAUAGCUCCAUCUCAAGUUUCUGCAAAUAGCCUAUCUUCCUCAGAAAUUGAAGUUUCAUGGAAUGCCAUUCCUUGGAAAUUGAGCAAUGGACACUUACUUGGUUAUGAGGUGAGGUACUGGAAUGAUGGAGGAGAAGAGGAAUCAUCAAGCAAACUGAAAGUAGCGGGAAAUGUGACAUCAGCCAGACUCUGUGGCUUGAGGAGCAACCUGGCAUAUUACACGGCUGUCCGGGCUUUCAACAGCGCUGGUCCUGGUCCCUUCAGUGCCACAGUUAAUGCAACCACCAAGAAAACUCCUCCCAGUCAGCCACCAGGAAAUGUUGUUUGGAAUGCUACAGACACAAAAGUGUUGCUUAAUUGGGAGCAGGUGAAAGCCAUGGAGAAUGAAUCAGAAGUAACAGGAUAUAAAGUUUUCUAUAGGACUAGCAGUCAAAAUAAUGUGCAAGUGCUGAACACAAAUAAAACUUCAGCUGAACUUUUGCUGCCCAUUAAAGAGGACUACAUUAUUGAAGUUAAGGCCACAACGGAUGGCGGGGAUGGGACCAGUAGUGAACAGAUCAGGAUUCCAAGAAUAACCAAUAUGGAUGCAAGAGGUUGUACGUCAGCCAUCGCCACUGUCUACCCUGUGUCAAGUUAUGUCUCUGUAAUAAUGUUCUUUAUUGUAAACACCUUGUGUUGA